UCUCUCCUUUGCUGGAUCUUAUUGAUCCAGAAGGUGGCUAAUUAGCCCUUCCCGUCGUGCCUGUGUAAUGAAGCACAUGCGCACUGAAUUAAUCACAGCCAUUUUUUGCAGGAAACUAAUUAGCAGGAAUAAAGAUCCAAAGAGUUUUUUUCUUUUCAAUCAUCAGAUCUCACUUUCACCUCUUCCUCUCUCCCUCCGACACAAGAUUCAUCGCCUGCUUUGCAUCCAAAUUAUUUUUAUAUUGCCUUUCCAACUAAUACUUGGUUUUUUUACUCUCCGCAACAACAAUGAUCUUUCUUUUGCCAUCCUAAACGCAAACUGACCCAAACGGACUGCCUUGAUGGGAUCUUUAGUCCAAGCGUCUCAGUACUGGAUUAAAACGCGAGGAUCUCGUAGCGGCAACACAAACAUUGCCCGGAUGCGAUGAACGCCUCAUGUAGGCAUCAGCAUGGACAGCUGUGAGUCUCCCGUGGUUUCUGGGACAGACGAUGGGCUCAGCUCCUCCAUCCUUUCCCAGCAGAAGCAGCAGCCUUGGAACGAUCGCCCCAGUGCACAGGUCACUCCCAGCAGCCAGCCCCCUUCUCUGGAGCCCGCGACCCUCCCCGCUCCCUACCCGGGCCAGCUCCAGAACUCCAGUGCGCCCCGCGAGGCCGUGAGGGAGCAGCGACAGACGCAACGGACACUGCCCCAGGCUCCCGGCGACAACUCCGCCGGCAGCCAGCCACAUCCCGGCCUAGAGGGCCUGGAGGAGGAGGAAGAGGAGGAGGAGGAGCAGGAAGUGGUGAGCUGCGUAGAGGAGGACGACGAUUUGGAAGACUUGGACGAGAUGGAGAUUGACAGCUGUUUUCCAAGUCUGCAGCCCUUCCCGGGCAUGUCCAUGGCGACGGUCGGAGCGGCCAUGCCCACUCUCGUGCGACAGCCGCCCGCCCGGCGGAGGGACGCGACGGAGAGCGGGAGCGACGAAGGCGAGGAGGAGGAGGAAGAGAGCAGUGACGUGGAGAACCUAGCUGGGGAGAUCGUCUACCAGCCUGACGGCUCGGCCUACAUCGUGGAAAGCCUCAGCCAGCUGAUCCAAAGCGACGGGGGUGUGGCACCUGGCCUGCUCCCCUCAAAUUCACUCCCCAGCGGGGGAAAGCUGGAGGAACCUGCCGGGUCCUCCUCGUCCGUUUACCCCCAGAUCAUCAACACGUUCCACAUAGCCUCGUCUUUCGGGAAGUGGUUCGGCCCCUCAGACCAAGGCUUCCCGAGUACCUCAUCCCCGGCAGGCCUCAGUCCUGUCCUGCACAGCUUCCGCGUCUUCGAUGUACGGCACAAAAGCAACAAGGAUUACCUGAACAGCGACGGGUCUGCCAAGAAGUCCUGCGUAUCCAAAGAUGUUCCCAACAACGUGGAUUUCUCCAAGUUCGACGGGCUAGCCAUCUACGGCAAAGGCAAGCCCAUCCUCAUGUGUUUCCUCUGCAAGCUGUCCUUUGGCUACGCGCGUUCCUUCGCCACCCACGCCGUCCACGACCACCGCAUGACCCUGUGCGAGGACGAGCGUCGGCUCCUGGGCCACAAACACGUUUCGGCCAUCAUCCAGGGCAUCGGCAAGGACAAAGAGCCCCUCAUUAGCUUCCUGGAACCAAAAAACAAGAGCUCUCCUCCACCGCCCACACUGGUGCCCGUGAACUCAGGCCAGAGCUUCUACGGCACGUUCAGCGGGGUCCACUUAGAGGGGGGAAGCGACGGUGGGGCAGGCAGUGGCCUCCUCAGCAAAGACUCGGAGGCGGGUCUCCAGCAGCAGACCCUCCUCGCGCUGGGGGGCCUAGGCAGCCCUAAGCCGCCCUCUCUCGCUUCGACCCCAGGCCCUGCCAAAGACUCUGGCGCCCUGUCCAAGGCACGGGGAGGGAGGUUUGAGGCGCCUGUUGGGAAGGAGGGGACUAAGAGAGAGGAGGAAAGGCACGUGGAGGCCCGUGAGAGCAAGGACCACGUCCUCCGUGGCGAGGACAUGGCAUCGGAGGAGGAGGAGGAGGAGGAGGAGGAGGAGGAGCUUCUCUUGGACGAAGAGGAGGACGAAGUGGAGGACGAAGGCACCUGCCGCGGCGACGGACAAGCGGGGGAAACGGCUGUCUCUAACCAAAGCAUUUCCAAAUCUCCUUUAUUAAUGCCUAGUAGCGUUCUCCAGCCUUCUGCCUCUCCUGCUGCCAGCCCCACGCUUGGCAGCAAAGCAGCGCCUCGUGUGCCCUCGUCCUCCGGCAGGGCGUCGGAGGAGACCACGGCUGCAGACAGUAGGGGGAGGACCUCGGAGAUCCCUCUGAGCUUUAACUGCCAGGGGCCCACCGUCCCCAUGGCGAUGGCGGCAGCCGCCGGCAGAGGGGGCGAGGAGGACGGGGCUGUGUGCUCCUCGACGGGCACCUCCUCUCCUCUCGCCUCCAACGCCGCCGCUGACGAAAGUGCCAAUCGAGAUAGUGCCACAGCUCCCGAACCAAAUGAAUGCCCGGCGGAAGGAGACGAGGACGGUGGCUCCCUCCUACACCACCACCACCACCACCAUCAUCACCACCACCCACACCCUUCGCCCCACACCCACGGCCACUCCCACCACGGGGGCUCCUGCGAGCUGGCUGGCACGGGCGAGUGCGCCCAGGCUCACGGGGCCGGGGCGGGCGUGGGCAGUGGGGUGGAGUGCCCCAAGUGCGACACGGUCCUGGGCUCGUCGCGCUCGCUGGGCGGCCACAUGACCAUGAUGCACUCGCGGAACUCGUGCAAGACGCUCAAGUGUCCCAAGUGCAACUGGCACUACAAGUACCAGCAGACGCUGGAGGCGCACAUGAAGGAGAAGCACCCGGACUCCGGCAGCUCCUGCGUGUACUGCAGCAGCGGGCAGAGUCACCCACGCCUGGCCCGCGGCGAGAGCUACACCUGCGGCUACAAGCCCUUCCGCUGCGAGGUGUGCAACUACUCCACCACCACCAAGGGCAACCUGAGCAUCCACAUGCAGUCGGACAAGCACCUCAACAACAUGCAGACGCUGCAGAACGGCGGCUCCAUCCCCACGGCCGGCGAGCAGGUGUUCGGUCACGCGCCCGCCGGCGUGGUCAGCGUGCCCCCGGCCACGCAAAGCAGCAGCCAUCAUGCCAGCCAGCACCACCCGCUGGCGCAACCCCCCGCCCACAUGGCCGGGCCCUGCGGCACGCCCUCGCCCACCAAGCCCAAGAGCAAGCCCACCUGGCGGUGCGAGGUGUGCGACUACGAGACCAACGUCGCCCGGAACCUGCGCAUCCACAUGACCAGUGAGAAGCACAUGCACAACAUGAUGUUGCUGCAGCAGAAUGUGACCCAGAUUCAGCACGGGAGGCUGGGACUGGGCGCCAUGCCCUCGCCCUCCGAGGCCGAGCUGUACCAAUACUACCUGACCCAGAACAUGAGCCUCCCCCCGGGCCUGAAGAUAGAUCCCUCCGCCGCGGACGCCCAGUUCAUCCUCGGAGGUUUCCACCUGGAUCCCAACAUGGCUGCUCUGACCCCAGCACUAGUAGGAGGGGACAUGGCCAUGGACGUGCGACUGGCCGGGGGGCAGCUGGUGUCCGAGGAGCUGAUGACAUUGGGGGAGAGCCUGUCGCAGACCACUGACCCCUCCCUCAAGCUCUUUCAGUGCGCUGUGUGCAACCGCUUCACCACUGACAGCCUGGACGUGCUGGGUCUGCACAUGGGGGCGGAGCGCUCGCUGCCCGAGGACGAGUGGAAGGCGGUGCUAGGCGACGCCCACCAGUGCAAGCUGUGCCGGUACACCACACAGCUGAAGGCCAAUUUCCAGCUGCACUGCAAGACGGACAAGCACGUCCAGAAGUACCAGCUGGUGGCGCACAUCAAGGAGGGCGGCAAAAGCAAUGAGUGGCGCCUGAAGUGUGUCGCCAUCGGCAACCCCGUGCACCUGAAGUGCAACGCCUGCGACUACUACACCAACAGCCUGGAGAAGCUCCGCCUACACACGGUCAACUCCCGCCACGAGGCCAGUCUCAAGCUCUAUAAGCACUUACAGCAGCACGAGAGUGGCGUGGAGGGCGAGACGUGCUAUUACCACUGCGUGCUGUGCAGCUACUCCACCAAGGCCAAGCUGAACCUGAUCCAGCACGUUCGCUCCAUGAAGCACCAGCGCAGUGAGAGUCUGCGCAGGCUGCAGCGUCUGCAGAAGGGUCUGCCUGAGGAAGAGGAGGAUCUCAGUGCCAUCUUCACCAUACGCAAGUGUCCCUCCGCCGACACCGGAGAGCUGAGUGAGGAUGUGGAGGCUGCCAGCGAGACUACCACAGACCAGGAGGACCAAACCAAAGACAGAGAGAGUGGGGGGGAGAAGGAGCUCACCAAAGGCACAGCUGCAGCAACCAGCCAGUCAGGGAGGGAUCAGACGGAGUCGCCGAUCCCCUCCAAGAGGCCUCCGUCCAGGGCCGGGGUUUCCGAGAGCCCCCUCUCUUCCAAACGUCCCAGGACGGCGGAGAAGAGCACCAGUGAGCAGAUGUACCAGUGCCCCUACUGCAAGUUCACGAACACGGACCUGAACCGUCUGAGGAUGCACGUGAUGACUCAGCACUCUGUGCAGCCCAUGCUGCGAUGUCCCCUGUGCCAGGACAUGCUCAACAACAAGGUCCACCUGCAGUUCCACCUCACGCACCUCCACAGUGUGGCGCCGGACUGCGUCGACAAGCUCAUAGCCACCGUGGCAACAUCAGAGGUACUGCCAGCAAGCAUGUUCAUACCUGUUUCUGGGCCAGAGCGUGACGCUCCAAGCACACCCCAAGCCUUGUCCAACUCGACCUCUGAUGACACAAAGAAACAAACAGACACUACAGAUGUUGAGCCUGACAAAGGAAUUCCUUUAACCACAGAUAUAAUUGAAGCUCGCAAGUCACCUCUUGAAGUUCAGCCCCCUGCAAGAGAAGACACUACUGGUUUCCUAUGCUGGAAAAAAGGCUGCAAUCAAGUGUUCAAAUCUUCCAACGCUCUCCAGAUGCACUUCAACGAGGUCCACAACAAGAGGCCGCAACUGCCAGUGUCUGAUCGUCACGUCUACAAGUACCGUUGCAACCAGUGCAGCCUGGCAUUCAAGACUAUAGAGAAGCUCCAGCUGCACUCCCAGUACCAUGUGAUCAGGGCAGCCACCAUGUGCUGUCUGUGUCAGCGGAGUUUCCGGACCCUCCAGGCCCUGAAGAAGCACCUGGAGACAAGUCACCUUGAACUGAGCGAAGCCGACAUACAGCAGCUCUACGGGGGCCUGCUGAUGAAUGGAGACCUAAUGGUCAUGGGUGACCCUUCACUUGGAGACGACCAGGGAGGUCUCAUCGAGGACGAGAAGGAAGGAGAGGAAAGCGACCCCGAGGAAAAGCAAAGCCCGACAGGCAGCGACUCGGGAUCUCUGCAAGAGGAUUCCGGGUCUGAGCCAAAACGGGCCCUCCCGUUUAGGAAAGGGCCAAAUUUUACAAUGGAAAAAUUCUUGGAUCCUUCUCGUCCUUUCAAGUGCACAGUCUGCAAAGAAUCUUUCACCCAGAAGAAUAUUCUUCUCGUUCAUUAUAACUCCGUGUCGCACUUGCACAAGGUCAAACGGGCUCUGCAGGAAACCACCACGGGUCAGCCAGAGCCAACCAGCAGCCCCGAUAACAAGCCGUUUAAAUGCAGCACUUGCAAUGUGGCUUACAGCCAGAGCUCUACACUGGAGAUUCACAUGCGCUCUGUCCUCCACCAGACCAAAGCCAGAGCAGCGAAGCUCGAAGCAGCUGGCGGCAGCUCCAGCUCUGCAAGUGGUGGUACUUUAAGUGGAGGCACUUCUAACAGCACUUCUACCCCAAGCCCGAUCCCUCCCACUAACUCAGCCACCAGCUCCAGCAAUAGCAGCUGCACUCCGGCCAGCGUGCAGACCGCCCAAAGCAUCCUGGGCGGGAACCACCUGAGUCAGUCCCACGGCCUUGAGGGCAUGUCUAACUCGGCUUGCCACCCUUCACCCUCCGAGAACCAUGAUGUGAAGAAAAAGAAGUUUGCAGACAUGCUGUCCUCUAGAGGUCACCAGCAACAGCUCCAGCAGCAGCAGCUGGCCCAAGCUCAGGCCCAAGCUCAGGCCCAGCUCCAACAGGAGCUCCAGCAGCAAGCUGCCCUCCUUCAGUCCCAGCUCUUCAACCCCCUACUCCAGCACUUCCCGAUGACAACAGAUGCUCUUUUGCCUCUUCAACAGCAGCAGCUGCUGUUCCCUUUCUACAUCCCUGGGGCUGAAUUCCAGCUGAAUCCUGAAAUGAACUUGAACAGCUCAUCGCUGAACCUGAGCGGCUCUGCGGCCUCCCUCCUGGAGGAGCAGAAGAACCAGGCUCAGCAAGCCCAGCAGAGCUGUCUACAGCAGCAGCUGAUGCACCAACACCUUCAGCAACAGCACCAGGCCCACUCGCACUCGCAGGCCUCCAGUCAAAUGGCUUUACUUCAGCAGAAUGCGUCCGUCUCACACCCAGCAGACAAAAAACCAAAGCCGCUCGUUCCUCACAGCGAGAAAGACAGAGAGCUGCCAAAGGAUAAAGAAAUGAGUGAUAAAACAGAGGAUCAUGUUCCAAAGGAUAUCCCAGACAACUCAAAGUCCAAAGAAAAGAAAGAUGCACCACAGGUCACAGCUCAUGUGAAUCAGGACACUGGAUUCCCUCCGCCAAGGAUUGCGUCGGAUGCUCGCGGUAAUGCCACCAAAGUGCUUUUGGAGAACUUUGGAUUUGAGUUGGUGAUUCAGUACAAUGAGAACAAACAGAAAGCUCAGAGAAAGCCAGCAGGACCAGCGCCUACACCGACUGCGCCGGGUGGCAUCACUCGUGCUGUCGAUCCUGUUGAGGGGCUGGAAAAACUGGAGUGUGAGGCCUGUGGGAAACUCUUCUCCAACAUUCUAAUUCUGAAGAGUCACCAGGAGCACAUCCAUCAGUCCUUUUUCCCAUUUAGAUCAUUAGAGAGGUUUGCCAAGGAAUACCGAGAACAGUAUGACAAGCUGUACCCACUAAGACCACAAACCCCUGAGGCUGCUCCUCCCCCACCACCACCUCCUCCCCCUCCUCCUCCACCUCCUCCACAGAGGGCACCGACACCAAAUAUACCCGUUUCUGCCCCUGCACUUACUCCUCCGACCGCUCCGGCUCCGCAGCCUCCGGGUACGCUAGCUCAGAUACCCAUGCCGAUGGAUCUCCCUCUUUUCUCGCCACUCAUGAUGCAGCCCAUGUCAAUGCAGUCAUUGCCUUCUCAAAUCCCAGCCCAGUUACCGUCUGUUGAACCGGGCCUGGCCACUGAUCUUGCCCAGCUGUACCAGCAGCAACUCACGCCCGCCAUGUUACAGCAGCAAAAUAAGAGGCCACGCACACGUAUCACGGAUGACCAGCUGAGGGUUCUCCGGCAGUACUUUGACAUAAACAAUUCACCAAACGAGGAACAAAUUAAGGAAAUGGCAGAUAAGUCAGGACUUCCACAGAAAGUCAUCAAACACUGGUUCCGGAAUACUCUCUUCAAAGAGCGUCAGCGUAACAAAGACUCACCCUACAACUUCAACAAUCCACCUACUACCACUCUGGAGGAAACGAGAAUUGACUCAAAGCCACCUUCCCCUGAACCCCAAAAACAGGAGUCCUACGGGAGCAAGAGGUCCUCAAGGACACGGUUCACAGACUACCAGCUUAGAGUACUGCAAGAUUUCUUUGAUGCCAACGCCUACCCUAAAGAUGAUGAAUUCGAGCAGCUGUCCAAUCUUUUGAGCCUGCCAACUCGGGUAAUUGUGGUAUGGUUCCAGAAUGCCAGACAAAAAGCUCGCAAGAAUUAUGAAAACCAGGGGGACGGAGCAAAGGAUGGGGAGCGGCGUGAGCUGUCCAACGACCGCUACAUUCGCACUACCAACUUGAACUAUCAGUGCAAGAAAUGCAGCCUGGUCUUUCAGCGCAUAUUCGACCUUAUUAAACAUCAAAAGAAGCUUUGUUACAAAGACGAAGAUGAGGAAGGACAAUAUGACAGUCAAAACGAAGACUCUGUCGAUCUCUCACAUGAGUACUACACACCUUCCGGGUCAUCAGGUCACACGCCAAUGCCAUCGUCUUCGAGUCUUUGCCCUCUUCCGCCUUCAUCUUCGGCUUUCUCUCACAUGACAUCUGAGAAGGUUGAAGCUGCACCUGCAAACAACUCGAACACUUUUGACGAAAAAACAAAAAAUUCUGCAGAAACAUCCCUUGGACAAAGAGAGCCGCUGUCACUGAAACAGGAAAGCUGUCACCUACCCGAGACUCCACAGCCGAGACCGUCACGAGAGGAAAAGGUACAUAUGACAGCCAAAACCACAAAGCUUCCUUCUCCUUCCCUCACCCAACAGCAACAGCAUAGCAGCACAUCAGCUUCAUCCUCUCACGCCAGAGAUACUCCCUCCCAAAGUUCACUCCUAGCUCUUAAUCCCCACUUAGCCACCGCCUCACAACAACAGCUGGCUCAACAGAUGAUUCCCUACCAGUGUGAGCAGUGCAAGCUGGCCUUUCCCUCAUUCGAGCACUGGCAAGAGCACCAGCAGCUCCACUUCCUGAGCGUUCAAAACCAAUUUAUUCAUCCCCAGUUUUUGGAUCGAACAAUGGACAUGCCUUUUAUGUUAUUUGACCCCAGCAAUCCUCUACUGGCGAGCCAGCUCCUUGCUGGAGCAUUGCCACCAAUACCAAGUAGCUCUGCCACCUCUCCAUCGACACCUACGUCCACCAUGAACUCCCUCAAAAGGAAGCUGGAGGAGAAAGCUGGCACUAGUCCAGGUGAAAACGACAGUACUAACAGUGGGGAAGAACCACAGAGAGACAAACGCCUUCGAACCACUAUUACGCCUGAGCAGCUUGAGAUCCUCUACCAGAAAUAUUUAUUAGACUCUAACCCCACCCGAAAAAUGCUUGACCACAUUGCUCAUGAGGUGGGGCUGAAAAAACGUGUGGUACAAGUAUGGUUCCAGAACACCAGGGCCAGGGAAAGAAAAGGGCAGUUUCGGGCUGUUGGACCCGCUCAAGCUCAUCGCCGUUGCCCUUUUUGUCGCGCCCUCUUUAAGGCUAAAACUGCUCUGGAAGCUCACAUCCGUUCACGUCACUGGCAUGAGGCAAAGCGAGCUGGAUACAACUUAACACUUACUGGUUUGCUGUCGGAGCAUGAGGGCAUGCCCUUGAAGAUGGAUCCUCAGGACAUUGCUAGCUACCCUCACAUGGGCCCCUCCACCAAUGAUGCUCAGUGUUCAUCCUUGUCUCCUGUGAGUAAAAACAUGGACUUGUCUCCCCGGGCACUUUUAAGUCCUACAUCCAUCAAGGUUGAGGGAAUGGAAGAGUUUGAAAACCCAACAAUGUCCUCAGUAAACAUGAGUUUUGACCAGAACAAGCUUGACAAUGAUGAUUGUUCCUCUGUGAAUACAGCCAUCACUGAUACCACAACCGGUGAUGAGGCCAAUGUAGACAAUGACAGUGCUGAUGUGAAGCAUGUCCACAACAGUGGAGAUUUCUUGUCCAAGACUGGGGGUACUGUCCCAUCUCUUGAAAACGAUGACCAGAUGUCUUCGGGACUAGUGAGCCCUGCAACAAGCUAUUAUGCAAAGGACUUUGAAAAUGAAAAUAUGAUUGAUUACAGUGAAACUUCUAGUCUGGCUGACCCUUGUUCACCAAGCCCUGGUGCAUCUGGUAGUCGAAGCACUGACAGUGGAGACAGGCCUGGUCAAAAGCGCUUCCGCACUCAGAUGACUAACCUCCAGCUGAAAGUGCUCAAGUCCUGCUUCAGUGAUUACAGGACUCCUACCAUGUUGGAGUGUGAGGUACUCGGCAAUGACAUUGGACUUCCAAAGAGAGUUGUACAAGUCUGGUUCCAGAAUGCUCGUGCUAAGGAAAAGAAGGCCAAGCUCAGCAUGGCUAAACAUUUUGGCAUCAAUCAGACGUCUUACGAGGGACCUAAAACAGAGUGCUCUUUGUGUGGCGUGAAAUAUAGUGCACGUCUCUCGGUGCGGGACCACAUCUUCUCCCAGCAGCAUAUCUCUAAGGUAAAGGAUACCAUCGGGAGCCAGCUUGACAAAGAAAAAGAGUACUUUGACCCGGCCACUGUUCGUCAGCUAAUGGCACAGCAAGAGAUGGAUCGCAUCAAGAAAGCCAACGAGGUCCUUGGACUGGCACAGCAACAAGCCAUGCAGCAGCAAGGAAUGUUCGACAGUCCUGCUUUGCAAGCCCUGAAUCUACAGUCGGCCUAUUCAAAUCUGCAGGGGAUACCCCCUGUUCUCCUACCCGGGGUGGGAAGUCCUUCCCUUCCUGGCUUUAACUCAUCCAACUCAGCUUUAACUCCUCCAAAACCUCCAAACAUUCUGAACAUGCCUGGUGCCAGUGUACCUUCACCCAGUCUCCCUACAUCUGGUUUACCCAACAAGAUCUCCUCUUCUUCCUCCUUGACCUCGCCUAGCCAAGCUCAGGCCAGCACUUCUGUCGCCCACUCAAGUACGACUACCACAUCCACGUCCAACUCCCUGACCACCCAGUCAGGCCCUAGGGCAGACCCUCCCAAAGAGCGUGAAACUGAACGGGUCCGAGAGAAAGAAAAGCCCAAGGAGAAGACUGAGAAGCCCCAGACACCGUCCUCCACUGGCGGCACUCCUACGCCCUCUACUUCUGCUGCCAGUGCCAAGAAAGAAAAACCAGACACAGCUGUUCCAGCCACCUCGAUGCCAACUCCUGGUAUGGAGUAUGUGGUUGAUCCUGCCCAGCUCCAAGCUCUACAGGCUGCUUUAGCGUCGGAUCCAACAGCUCUCCUUACCAGCCAGUUCCUCCCUUACUUUAUGCCAGGAUUCUCCCCAUAUUACGCCCCGCAGAUUCCGGGCGCUCUUCAGGGAGGAUACCUUCAGCCUAUGUAUGGUAUGGAGAGUCUCUUCCCCUACAGUCCAGCUUUAUCCCAGGCCCUGAUGGGCCUGUCACCUGGAUCCCUGCUCCAGCAUUACCAGCAAUAUCAGCAGAGCCUGCAGGAGGCACUUCAGCAGCAACAGAGGCAGUUUCAGCAAAUCCAGCAACCCAAAGCAAGCCAAACCCAAGGCCCUUCCCAGUCCUCGGCGGACCGCAAAGAUUCUGCCAAAGAUCCAGUAAAGACAGAGGAACAGAAAGGCACUCCCCCAGUUGAUACCUCUUCUUCUCACAAUAACCUACCCCCGGAGCAGCGCGAUGUGGACGUUAAAGGUGCGGACCCCCUUCUCGAUCAGUACAUCAUCCCCAAAAUUCAGUACCGGCUGGCGUGCCGCAAAUGUCAAGCCGUCUUCAGCAAGGAGGAAGCGGCUAUCAGUCACCUCAAGUCGAUCUGCUUUUUCGGUCAGUCUGUGGCAAACCUGCAAGAGAUGUUGCUUCGGGUCCCCAGCAGUGGAAGCGCAGCUGAGGGCAGCCUCUAUGACUGCCUAGCCUGCAACACCACCCUGGACGGGGACAAAGCACUCAGUCAACACCUGGAUUCAGCCUUGCACAAACACAGAACAAUCACACGAUCAGCCAGAAAUGCCAAAGAGCACGCUACUAGUUUAUUACCUCACUCUUCAGCCUGCUUCCCCGAUCCUAACGCCGCAUCUACCUCACAGUCUGUAACUCACCCAAGCAACACUCUGUCUCCCUCGCCAACAGCGUCCAACACCACGGCGUCCUCUUCUAUGUCUGCAUCUUCGUGCUCCCCUUCAGCUGCCCCACUCAGCACCACGGCUGCCAGCAAACCCUGGUCCCAGGCCUCUUUCUCUAAAGCUUUAGCUGGGAAGGCCAACGCCACUUCCUCUGCAUCGUCUUCUUUUCCUCCAGUGUCCUCGCCUUCAAUGGUUACCUCAAGUUCAUUGAGCACCUCAGGGGUUCAGACCUCGAUACCAACAGACGUCUUUACCGACGAAUCUGACUCUGACAGCAGUCAGAAGUCAGCAGACAGGCUGGGAAGGUCAGCAGAGGAGCCGCAUCAGCCCAGCUGUUUCAAAGACAGUGAUGGUUGUAGUAGUACGAUGGCUAGUGUAGGAACAGACUCUAUCAGAUUGUAAAAGAGCUUUCAGUGAUGGACAAUAUUUAAAAAAUUCAAAAGACCAAAAAAAAAAAAAGCAAAAUUGAAAAAACAAACAAACAAACAAACAAAC